AUGUUGUAUUUGGUAGGAUUAGGGUUAGGGGAUGAGAAAGACAUUACAUUGAGAGGGCUUGAAACAGUCAAAAAAUGCAGCAAAGUGUAUAUGGAGGCCUACACGUCUCUCCUCUCCUUUGGUCUCUCUUCCACUGGCAAAUCCACAUUGGAAAAUAUUUAUGGGAAAUCAAUCAUAAUUGCAGAUAGGGAAACGGUAGAGGAGAAGGCAGAUGAUAUACUUUCAGAAGCUCAGUCUUCUGAUGUGGCCUUCUUAGUCGUCGGGGAUCCAUUUGGAGCAACGACCCACACUGAUCUUGUUGUCCGAGCGAAGAAGUUGGGGGUGGAUGUUAAGGUGGUACACAAUGCGUCAGUGAUGAAUGCAAUUGGAGUUUGCGGGCUGCAGCUUUACCGGUAUGGGGAGACAAUUUCAAUACCAUUCUUCACAGAGACCUGGAGGCCUGAUAGUUUUUAUGAGAAGAUUAGAAGAAAUAGAACCCUCGGGUUGCACACUCUUUGCUUGUUAGAUAUACGAGUGAAGGAACCCUCACUAGAAUCCUUGUGCAGAGGGAAAAAAGAGUAUGAGCCACCAAGGUAUAUGACAAUAAGCACUGCAAUUGAACAGCUCUUAGAGAUUGAGCAAAACCGUGGAGAAUCUGCAUAUAGUGAGGACACUACCUGUGUUGGUUUGGCACGAGUAGGCAGUGAAGAUCAGGCGAUAGUUGCAGGUUCGAUGAAGCAACUUUUGACAAUAGAUUUUGGACCCCCUUUGCAUUGCCUCGUCAUAGUAGGCGACGUUCAUCCAGUGGAAGAAGAAAUGCUGGAAUUUUAUACAGUUGGCAAAAGUUCAAACCAAACUUCUUAA